AGAAAUGGCGUGCUCGCCUGCCCUGCUGAGUACUCGCUGGUUAGCAGCAGCAUCCCUUUCUGCUGGACCUCUCAGCAGCCGUGUUCUAGUCGCUCCUGCCGGACAUGGUGGAGCUCGUAAAGCGGCAGCCUGGCAGGCGCAGCGGGCAGGGAUAGCGGUCAGCCUGAGCGCCUGGACGCGCAGAAAUGUCGUGACAUUGGGAGGACUGUCAGGAGUGAGGUGUCCCCAUGGAGCUGGUUGCCGCUUCUUCCACUCCAGCUCCAGACUGGCAAACAAAGAGAACUUUUAUGAAGUUUUGGGUAUUUCUCGCACUGCCACUCAGAAGGACAUCAAAAAGGCUUAUUAUCAGCUGGCAAAGAAGUACCACCCAGACACCAACCCAAAUGACCCAGAGGCCAAAGAGAAGUUUGCCAAACUGGCUGAAGCCUAUGAGGUGUUGGGUGAUGAGGUGAAGCGGAAACAGUAUGAUACAUACGGAGCAUCAGGCUUUGACCCGAACCGUGCUGCAGGUGGCCAGCAGCAGUACUACAGGGCAGGAAGUUCCAGCAUUAACCCUGAGGAGCUUUUCAGGAAGAUCUUUGGAGAGUUUUCUGGAGGCAUGGGCUUUGGAGACAUCCACAACAUGUUUGACCAAAGACCUGAGUAUGUGAUGGAGCUCACCUUUGCCGAGGCAGCAAAGGGAGCAAAUAAGGAAUUAAGUGUUAAUAUUGAUGACGUCUGUUCAAGAUGUGAUGGAAAAGGCAAUGAGCCAGGCACCAGGGUGUCUCAGUGUCACUACUGCAACGGUACAGGCAUGGAGACCAUCAACACAGGUCCUUUCAUGAUGCGCACCACGUGUCGACGAUGUAGCGGCAAAGGCUCCAUCAUAAACACACCCUGUGCUCUGUGCCAAGGUUCAGGCCAGAUCAAGAAGAGACAGACGGUCACUGUACCUGUGCCGGCUGGAGUGGAAAAUGGUCAGACGGUGCGCAUGGCAGUAGGGACAAAAGAAGUCCUAAUCACAUUUAGGGUCCAGAAUAGCCCAGUGUUCAGACGGACUGGAGCAGACAUCCACUCGGAUGCUUUUAUUUCCAUAGCCCAGGCCGUCCUGGGAGGCACAGCCACAUCACAGGGCCUCCAUGACCCCAUCAAUAUCCUGAUUCCCUCGGGUUGCCAGGCUGAUGAGGUGAUCCGGCUGCAGGGUAAAGGCAUUCGGAGAAUGAACAGCUACAAUUACGGAGACCAUUACAUCCACAUCAAAAUCAAAGUGCCCAAGAAGUUGACGGCAAGGCAGCGCUCUUUGUUGCUGAGUUACGCGGAAGAGGAGACGGGCAUCCAGGGUACCGUCAAUGGUGUCAGUCCUUCAGCAGGAGGGGGCAGCAGCAGGUCAGACUCUGGUGCAAAGUCCACAACAUCAGAGGAGGAGAGGCAGGAUAAGCAGCAGCAGAAGGAGGAGGGAGGCUUCUUUUCCAAACUAAAGAAAAUGUUUAGUUAACACUCCACUGCAGUGAAAACAAAAAACAAGAAGGUAAAAGGGGGAAGACAAAUCCACUGACUGAACCGUCAUGCUUCCUGCAUGGGAAGUUGAGCGGGGAAAGGAGGAAAAAGGCUGAGUGGUUUUUGUGUGGGCACAGUUACAUCUUAGAGCCGAGGCUGGAAGCGGGUCACGUAUGUGCCAAGUUCAUCCACACGCGUAAUGACUCAUCCCCAUGGAGACGUGCCUGGUCUAGAAACUGAAGGUCAGUCCAAAAAGAAGCAAGAUGGCAACUACUGCGAGCUGUUGUGGUGCAAGUCGGCUCCCAGAUAAGAGUGCUCCCUAAAGCGGAUUCUCACAGAUACGCAGUCUUUCAGGAUCAUGGAGUACGAGCAGAAAAUGUGUACGUCUUGAGAGUAAACCAAGAAAUGGAAACUGCUUAUAAUUGUGGAUAAGAAUAAACUAUUUUAGUUGAAGUAGAUAAGUGUGAGUUUCACAAUUUUUUUUUUAAGUGUAUGUUGGCAAUAAUUGUAU